GUGCUGGAGGUAUUUGAAUCACAAACAUAGAGUGAAAAAAACCCUCUUUCCCCCAAAAACCCUAAAAGCUCAAACCUUUGGCGGCUAUCAACUGAACCCACCAAAGGGUUUUAUCAUCUCCCAAGAUCUAUCAUGGCUACCCUUUCAUCUUCUGCUGAACAAACUUCAGAUUUGCUGCAGAAAUUAUCCAUAGACUCACAAACAAAAACCUUAGACAUGCCCGAGCCCACCAACAAGAUCCAGCCAAGUGACCGGUCUGUGACCCCAGUGCUAUCCAACUUCAUGGAUCCAACUGUGUGCUAUCUUCCUAAUGGUUAUCCCUCGUACUACUAUGGUGGCUAUAAUGGAACUGGCGAGUGGGACGACUACUCAAAGUAUCUGAAUACAGAAGGAGUAGAUAUAACUUCUGGAAACGGAUCUGCUAUGUAUCCUCAUGGUUAUUGGUAUGGACCCUAUGGCCCAUAUUCCCCAGCAGCUUCUCCAGUUCCUACAAUGGGAAAUGAUGGUCAGUUAUAUGGUCCUCAGCACUACCAAUAUCCUACUCCCUAUUUCCAGCCAUUGACUCCUACCAGUGAGCCCUUCAUCCCCAGCCACAUAGCCCCUUCACAAGGCGAUCUUUCUAUCACAAAAGCUGCUGACCAGAAGUCUUUGCCUGUGGAAACAGGUAAAGAGAAUUCUAAUGGCAUUGCAAAUGGUGGGGAUGUUAAAGGAGCCAAUGGUGCAGUUCCUUACAAACCUAAGUAUCAAAAUUCAUAUGGAAGGGGUAGUUAUACAAAGGGCAUUCCUGCUUCUGGUUACAAGGAUCUGAGAUCUUGUUUUGAUAGGUUACAGCCUGAUAUCCCGUUGCUGGAUAGUUCUGUACUUUCCGAUGGCCUGUAUAGGAACACUGAUAUUUCUUCUUCAUUUUCAAAGGCUAGCAAUGCUCCAUCUUCAAGAAAUCAGAAUUUCCAUCAAAAUUCUCAUUUCAUGGGAUGGCAGCACCCUGGUCUGGCAUCAGGCAUGGGUUCAACUCAUGGAUAUAUGAAUAGGAUGUAUUCAAACAAACUCUAUGGUCAAUAUGGGAAUGGUUUCAAAUCUGGCGUGGGCUUUGGAUCUGGUGGUUAUAAUGCAGGAAUAAAUGGUCAAGGGUGGUUGCCUAUCGACAGCAAAUAUAAACCCAAGGGGCAAGGCAAUGGUUAUUUUGGUUUUCGCAAUGAGAAUAUUGAUGGCUUGAAUGAGCUGAACAGAGGACCUAGGGCCAAGGGCUAUUUCAAAAACCAGAAGGGUUUUGUUCCUUCCACAGUUGUAGUCAAGGGGCAGAGUGUGCCAUCAAGUGAUGCUAAUGCUGAGGAGAAGGAUAAGACAACUGAGGUUCCUGAUCGAGAACAAUAUAACAAAGCAGAUUUCCCAGUGGAAUAUGUUGAUGCUAAAUUUUUCAUUAUUAAAUCUUACAGCGAGGAUGAUGUGCAUAAGUGCAUUAAAUACAGUGUCUGGGCCAGCACACCAAAUGGUAACAAGAAGCUUGAUGCAGCAUAUCAAGAGGCUGGGCAGAAAUCUGGUGGCUGCCCAGUGUUCCUUUUAUUCUCGGUCAAUACCAGUGGGCAAUUUGUGGGACUUGCAGAGAUGAUGGGCCGAGUUGAUUUUGACAAGAGUGUGGAAUAUUGGCAACAAGACAAGUGGACAGGCUAUUUCCCUGUGAAGUGGCACUUUGUGAAGGAUGUUCCCAACAGUUUGUUGAAGCAUAUUACCCUCGAAAACAAUGAGAACAAACCUGUAACCAACAGCAGGGACACUCAAGAGGUCAAGUUAGAGCAAGGGCUUGAAAUGAUAAAGAUAUUCCAGGAGCAUAGCAGCAAAACAUGCAUAUUAGAUGAUUUUGGGUUUUACGAGGAUCGGGAGAAGAUGAUUCAGGAGAAGAAGGCCAAGCAACAGCAGCUCAAGAAACAGUGUGCAUUAGUGCAGGUAUGGGAUGGAAAGCCAAGUGAUGAAAAGAAAGAGCUGGUAAAUGGUUCAUAGAAGUCUCUGGGCAAUGUCUCUGAUUCGAGCUAAGAACAUACUUGAACUGCAUAUUCUAAUGGAGACCUGAAUGAUUCUGAGAAUGUUUGGUUAGUAAAACUAAAGAUGCAUCGGAGGCAAUGAGAAAUAUGGCAGAUGAUAGGUUUUUGGGGGCUUAGGGUUUUCUGCUUUAGGGCCAUUAUAUUCCUAUUUUGAUAUAUGUUUUUUUCCCCCCUUAAAUUUCUAUAGUUAUUCUUAUUUUCCUGUUUGGUUCUUUUCUGCCUUGUCAUGUAACCCCUUCGUUAGGUUGGCAAGGUUGGAAAAGUAUGUGCAAUAGAUUUGAGUAAAAGGAGCUUUUAAUGCCCUUUUUUUGGCUA